AUGGUCGGGGAACAGCCGGGUGGAGGGAAGAAGAGGGGGCGGCCGAGGAAGAUGCGGAACGAGCAUUCUCCCAGCGCCACCUCCACCGGGGCAGCCGCCGCCGCCAGGAACCAGGCGACUCCUUCUCCGCUGCCGUUAGUGCGGCGGAGCCGCCGCCGGAGGCGGCCCCGCCGGGCGCGGGAUUUCGCCGACUACGGCGACGAGGACGACGACUUCUACUGGUGGGAGUUGUCUACGGACGAGGAGGCGGGGAAGAAAAGGGGGGAGGAGGACGGUGCGGGGAGUGAUGACCUCGAGCCCAGGAAAUUCAGGCUCCUCCGGAAGCUUCCGCCGCAGACCACUGGUAGGGUGAGACGCGGUGGAGGCUCGCAGUCCGACGGAUCUGGCAGCAGCAGUAAGGAGGAAGAAGACGAGGUUGGUAUCAAUCUCUGUUCUAUUUUCUUAUGGAUAAUUCUGCUUACACAUUUGACAUUUAUAAAAAAAAAAGUAAACUCUGGCUCUGGGUAUAGAGUUCUUGAGGAAAUAGAGACAUUUCUUGCAUGAGAAUCCGACUCUUUUAUUAUUAUAUCAGAGUUUAGCUCUGCCCUGAUAGAGUUUGAGCUUAGGAGAUUCAGGCAGAAUUGGAAAGGAGCUAGAACAGUCCUAUAUUGCUUGGGAGGACAUCACUAUUCAAAAUAUUUGAGCUAACUCCACUCUUGGUGGAUAGUUUUUUGAAUUAUAUGGCUUAAUAACUUUCACAAUCAACCUUCUAAACUUCAAGAUAUCUCUGAAAGUGGAAGGUAAAUUUUUCAUGGGUGCCGAUUGAACCCCUCGCAGCAAACCUUUUACACUUCAAUCACUGGGUAACCUGGGGAUGCUGCAGAUCAGAGUUUGCUUGAUUACUAUAGCAGCUGGGAGUCUUAGGGUUUUCACUUUUGAUUUUAUUUUUUACCAGGUUGGAGGGAGAGAUUCUACGCAGAAGUGCGAUCAGUCUGCUACAGGUCUUCGGCUCUCCAUCUUUCACCAUUUCGUAUUUUUUCUAGUCUGAAUCUCCAUGCUGAUGAUGCAUCUUCUUCCUCCUGCACUCUGAAUCGCAAGCCCAGUCUCCACUCCACUGCCUGAGAAGAAGACGUUGGAGGAUGUCCUCGACAAGUUGCAGAAGUGAGCAUAGUUGGCCUAUCUCCUCUGAGACUAGUCUCUGUGAUUCUGUGGGCAUUGGUAGUUGAUGUUCCAUUGACAGUAUGGUUUAAUUUGCCGCAGGAAGGACAUCUAUGGGGUGUACGCGGAGCCAGUGGACCCAGAAGAGGUUUGAUUCUUUUGGCUUCUUGUCUCUCUGUGAGGAUCUAACUGAUGAAUGCCAUGGCCUGUCUCACAGCUUCCUGACUAUCAUGACAUCAUAAAACAUCCAAUGGACUUUGGGACCAUAAGGAAGAAGCUGGCUGAUGGCGCUUACAGUGAUCUUGAAAAGUUUGAGGUCAGAUCUCAUCUUCGAUUAUGGCAUCCCUUCCUUUUGUGUUUCUAGAUCUCUGUGUCAAAAUUUUCAGUUUUUUUGGGGUGGGUUUUUACUUCUAAAUUAUCCUGGAUGAGGAAAUCUUGGCUUAAGUUGAAGAUUAUUCGUAAAUUUAUGUUUCUUUAGUUUUUUUAUUUUGCGAUAAUGGGCACAAUAGGUCCAAGAGGUUGCCCUCAUGUGGCCUUUUGUUCUCAUCUCGUCUGUCCUGUUGUCAGGGGAGAGAGUCAUCUCAAUGAACCCAUUUUACUUUCUGGUUAAAAACAUUUCCAUUUAUCUUUCUUUGAGUUAUCUUUAGUCAGCUGCUUUUGAAAAAUCUCUAUCAGAGUUGAAUGUGAGAUGCUGGGCAGUUGAAUAUGUUUAAUCACUCGUUAGAUCUAAUUUUUAAUCUCAUCCUUUUCUAAGUCCCAGUAUUAAAGAAUUAAAUGUGUUUUAGGCUUCACAUGCUCCAGAAGAUCAAAAGAACAGUCCUUGAUAUCUUGUCACGUGAGUUUUCCUCCUGGAUGCGUGCUUGAGAUGAUUAUGAAUCUUUGUCACCACUGUCGAUCUAACUGUGUGACAGCUGAUAUCAAUAAGCUAUGGGCAUUUUAAUAAAAAAAUCGGUUUCAACUAAAGUUUCCCUUGCUUUCCCAGUUUAGCAUGAGCUCAAAACUUGAAACCAUUUAUGUUUCUCGAACCCAAAUCUUAUCUUGGAUCUCAGAGCCACCUUUUAAUUUUUGUUCAUAUCAAUCAAAAAAAUGUAGCAAGGGAGCCCGAAAACAAGGAUCUCUCCUAGAAGCUCAUAAAUGUUUGUUUAUUCUUGAUUGAAAAAAUAUCAUGAAUCUCAGUAAACAAAGGCCUACAUAGCAGUUCCAAUGCUAGGCAUUGAUUUUGGUUUCCUAUAAGUGGGUGGUACCACAUAUUCCAUUCUUUAAACUCUUAGCGUUACUUGUCCUUGUUGCAUAGGGAGUACAGAAAAGUCACCCUCGUAGUAGAUCAUAAAUGGUUGUUUAUUUUUCAUUAAAAAAUCAUAAAAUUCUGAAUCCUCUUGAAGAUCUUGACCCUCUUCACCUCUAAAAAUAGUAAUACCAUAUGUUCCUUUCCUUAAACUCUCGACAUUGCUUGUGCUUGUUUCAGAGUGAUGUGUUCCUUGUCUGCACCAACGCCAUGCAAUACAACGCCCCGGACACAAUAUAUUUUAGACAGGUGAGUUUUGACUUUUGCCCUAUGGUAGUAAGCGCGUUCCAUGCCCUUGACACGUCAUCUUCUUUAGCAAAGGCACACUCCAUACAAGAGCUGGCGAGAAAGAAAUUCCAAAGCAUAAGACUGGGCAGGGAAGAGGUGAUCAAGUCUGAAGGCAAGAAUCAGCCGAAUUCUACGCGUAAGAACUUGAUAGCAGGGUCCCUGGACGACGAGGAUGCCCAUCAUCCUGCUAGGGCUCUUGUUUCAAAUGGCGAUAUCAGCAGUGGUGGUCUCGUUACCCUGGAGACUCGCGUUCGUGAGCAGCCUGCCAGCAUUAGUGGAAACAUGGAUGGCAGCUCGACAUGUGAAAGUAAAUCCAUCAGGGGGGAAGAUAACUCAGGUAAGAUAGUCAGUAAUUCCUUCUAUUAUGGGAGAUGGUGGCGGCCGGUUUUGGUUGUUUGCAAGAUAUUCUGGUUUUUCUUAUCAUAUUCAGGGGUAUCAUAUGUGGUAAAAAUCUGGUGGAGCUUUGAGACCUGACCAUGGCAUGAUCCUUAUCUAAUGAACUUGCCUGUUUUAUGCUACCCAUCUGAUGAUAUAUUGAUUAAUGUACCAGGUGUUUGGAUAUUUCUCAGCCUUCCAUUAUUUCAAAAUUUUCUCCUAUACCAUGUCACAUGUAUGAAUUAUUUUAUUUUUUGGAAAUUCCGUGCCAUAAAUAGUUGAGCUUUUUUCCCUAGUUUAUCUUUUUUUUCCCUGUCUUAUCUUUAAUAUCAUCUCACGUAUAUGAAUUAUUUUUUGGAUAAGUAUGGUCAUAAUUAGUUGACAUUUCUUUCAGUUAUUUUAUUUUUUCAAUUAUUUUCUUCCAUAAUCAUCUCAUGGGCGUGAAUGAUUGGCGGCCAUCUUACGCUUGCAAUCAGAUUGGGCUUCUUUUUAACCAUUUUGUUUUGAGAAACUUCACACGGGCAUCCUGACUGCUGAAUUUCUCCCUAAAAUCAUCUACCAUUAAAUUCCUUGGUAUUAUUAUCCCUUGCUUUUUAAAACUCGCCUCUCCUCUUCGCAUAAUUCCCAGUUAGGAAUCCCUCCAAGCCUGAGGGGAAACCCGACGCAUUUUAUGAAGACUGCCGAGCCACCUACAAUCCCCCUGUUGAGCCACGUGUGAUUGGGUCCCACCUGCCCUUCUCCAUCUUUGACAACGAGCAGAUGCAUCUGAUUGCUGUAAGUAGCUUCCAUAUUUUCCCCAGUUAGCUCAAUCUCUGAAUACUUUCUUUCUAUUUUCCCCAAUUUUACUCAAUAAUUAAAAUACCCCUUCUCUUUCCUUUUUUUUCUAAAUCAGGUAGGGCUUGAAGGAGGGCAGCAUACUUAUGCCAGAAGCCUGGCCCGCUUCGCUGGCCCGUUGGGGCCCACCGCCUGGAGAAUUGCUUCCCAGAGAAUUGAGAGGGUGUUGCCUGAAGGGGUGGGCUUCGGGCCCGGUUGGGUCGGAGAGUAUGAGCCACUGCAUCAAGGCCCUUCUUUUCUAAAUAAAGCAGAGAAUCAGAGAGAGAGCUUGAUGGUUGACGAGGCGGGGCCCAUAAAAUCUGAACUGUCCAAUGGUAGGUUUCCAAUGGGGCCCACGAUCAUGCAAGUGGUCAACAGCAGGGGAGAUGUUCCAGAGGUGGGUUCGGCUGGUUGUGGGCCCCCUGGAUGGGGCCCGCGACGAUGGCCUGGCUUUGACUUGGGACCCGUCAAUCAAAAUGCCGGCACCUUUGUUCAGCACAAGUCAACUGCCUUGGCAUCUGGAGACAACCAGAGGGCUAAAUUUGAUGGGAGUCAACCCGAAAUAUUCAAGUGGGUAGGACCGCUGUCUUCUGCGUCUCAGAUUUCCCAAUUGAGUGAUGCAAGAUUCGGUCAAACCCUUGCUGGAAGAAGCAACCCGGGGUCGUAUCUGGAUCCGGGGCUUUUUGCUGAUGGAAACCUCGGUCAAACCAUUGCUGGAAGUAGCCCCAGAGUUCUUGCUGACGGAAGGUUUAGUCAAACCCUUGCUGCAAGUGGCAACCCAAGUUCCCAUUUGGAAACCGCAGUUCCUGCUGAUGGAAGAUUCGGUCAAACCCUUGCCGGAAGUAGCAGCAGAGUUCCUGCUGAUGGAAGAUUCGGUCAAACUCUUGCUGCAAGUGGCAAUCCGAGCUCCCACUUGGACACCAGGGCUCUUGCUGACGGUAGAUUUGGUCAAACUUUUGCUGGAAUUGGCAACCAAAGCUCUCAUUUGGACACCAGGGCCCUUUCUGGUGGAAGAUUUGGUCAAACACCAGUCUCCCAUUUGGACCCCAGAGUUCUUGCUGAUGGAAGAUUUGGUCAAAACCUUGCUGCAAGAGGAAACCCAUCCUCCCAUUCAGGAUUCAUUCCUCCAAGUCAAACCAUGGGGAGGCAUGGCGGCCAUGAUCGGGCGGCAGGAAGCCACAUCAACUUGAUCAGGGGUAUCCUGGAGGGGCCCUCCAACCAGCUGACCUUCCCCAUGUCAACUGCAGUCGUUGAAAACCCUAAUUUACCAGUGAGAAGCAACCCCAUUGAUGCUGUAACCACCGCCGCACCCACCCGGAUGUCUGUCGGGAGAUCCUCAUCUGGGCAAGUGCUGCCGCCACUGCUGCCGCCAGGGUCUGCUUCAAACUUUCUAAAUAUGGAAGGAAGAGGAGUCCCCCCUGAAUCUCCUGCUCAGGGCCGCAGGUUUCCUGGAGAUGGCCAGUGUCAACUUGGAGGAGCAACUGGGGAAGAAGAACGCUGGCCCCAGAAUAGGAAUUUUGCAGAGUUGACGCCCCAGGUCAACUUGGCUGUAUUUCCCCGACAGGCCUGCUGGCAGGGGUUGACCCCACACGGGCAGGAGCCGAAGAAUGACGGCGGCACCCCAGAUCUCAAUGUCGGCGGCUUCCAUGCCCCCAGAUUGCCAGCUCAGCAGCCCCCGGCCAUCCGGGUUGACCCCCCACAGCCCGAUUUAGCCCUGCAGCUCUGA